AUGUCUUUACCAAAACACCAUACCCCCACCCUUUCGUCAUCUUCCUCCAAGCAGGCCCAGCGAGGUAACACGAGUUCGCCGCGGCCGCGGACUGUCGAGCGACGAGUGUCAGAACAGCAGCAGCAGCAACAACAAACCGACCAUGCCACAACUUCACCGGACCCCGUGCAGACGGGGGAUCAUUCGGAGCCGCUCGAGGAGCAACAGGAAGAUAAGGUGAACCCAUCGGGACCUGAAUUCAAGCCGUUCUUCACCCUCAUAGAGGAUGCCAAUUCAUCCGAAUACUAUCAUCCGACCGUCCACUACAUCUUCUCGGACGAUGAUCCGGAACUGAUUACUGAGGCAGCCUUGCGAGCAUUGGAGACGGGAAAUGAACCUUCUGGGCGUUAUCAUCGAGAACAAGGCGAACAUGGGUACGUCGAGGAGGGAUCAGAGGCGGAGCCCUCUGGCUCCAGGAAACAGUCAUUACUGCCACCUCCGAUUCCAGGGGUGAAGGAGCGCUACAUCAUCUUGGACGUGGAGCCAUAUGCUCCUCAGCAAGAUAGCCAUGGAGCGUCAUCAGCUCCAGAUACGGCGACGCAGAUCGCCACUGCGGCGGGAGCGACGUCCAUGUCCACUUCUCCUGCUCAGCAGCAGCACCAACAACAGCAACAAAGCUCCGCACCUCAACAAGCAGGUCCAGCGUUCAGAAUAACUUCCGCUCACAGCCUCACUCCGGACUGGCAGGUCCUCAACACCCAGAUCAGCCCCGCUCCUUCCUUCGACACUUUCAACAACCACCACACCGGCGAACCAUCUUCUCCGCCAUCAUCGAGCGGAACUCUGAUGCUCAAGAUCGAGGGGACAUCCGGGCCCAGGGACAUAGUACCUGCAAGGGGAGAUGACCACAAGGACCAGACACUAGAGGAGAUGAUGGAGCAAUUCGAGAAGCGGAUGGGGGAGCUGAGACGCGUCAUCGAAGCAGGAGGGAACUAUCCGCUCAAAAGACCGGAAUUGAACAGAGCAGGCGAUACAGAGGACACAGCCAACAGCGGAGACAAGGACGAGGGACAAGCACAAGAUAGGACCGCGGAGCAUGGAUCUGGCGAAUCACAUCGAAAUCCAGAGCAAGAAGAGUAA